AUGAUUGCAGUCAAUUGCAGUAGAAAUCCUUGUGUUCAUGGCACCUGUACAAACUCCUUAUUAGGAUUUAGCUGUAAAUGUGACAAAGGCUAUACUGGAAAUACAUGUAACACAGCUAUUGAUCAUUGCAGUAGAAAUCCUUGUGUUCAUGGAACCUGUACAAACUCCUUAUUAGGGUUUAGCUGUAAAUGUGACAAAGGCUAUACUGGAAAUACAUGUAACACAGCUAUUGAUCUCAUCAAUCGUAAGUAA